AUGGGCAAGAUUAACAAACCCAAACAAAAAGCGCCAUCCGGCCGCACCCGCGCCGCCCGCCGUCAAGCCUCGCCCUCCCUCGGGCUCGACAAGUCUCUCGCGACGCUCCCCCGCGCCUCCGACGACCCGGCGCUGAGCAACAAAGAGGCGACCGCCAAGAAGGUUGGCGAUGCCAUGCUGCGUGCGACGCUGGGUGACAGCGGGGUCAAGAAGCGGAAGCGCGGGGGGAAGGAGGCGAGUCGGCGCCAGAAGGAGCGCAUGGGGAAGGCGGUGGAAAAGGCGGAGGCGGUGAUGGAGAGGCUGGAUAAGAAGCGGGGGGAUAGUAUGAAGAGGGGGAAGGUGGUGAAGGAGAGGAGGGAUGAUUGGGGUGUGCUGAAUGAGAAGAUUGAGGGUGAGGUGGAGGUUGUUAAGGGUGCGGCGGUGAAUGUGGCGUUCGUUUCGCUCCCUCCCCGCUCAUUGAACGAGCGUGGUGUACAGGCAGCACAGCAAGGGACGCCGAAUGGAGCCAUUGCCUCAGGUUUCUUGCUGCCCCCAAAGCGUGUGGUAACCAAGCGGAUCACAUACCCCGUGCUAUGGAAGACUCUUCUGUGCCCGUGA